AUUAAAACCAGACUCUGUAUCAACUGUGUAAUUUUCCAUGGGAGUUUUGCCAUGGAUCCCCCUCCGGCAUGCCACAGUCCAGGUGUUAGUCCCCUUGAAACAACUUUCCCAUCCCUAUUGUGGCCAGAAAGAGUCCCUGUGUGUUUUAAAAUUCGCCUCCCCAUUGAAGUCAAUGGCGUUUCGGGCGGUUCGCCGGUUCGCGAACAUUUGCGGAAGUUCGCGUUCGCUGUUCGCGAACCGAAAAUUUCGGGUUCGCGACAUCACUACAUAUUUAAUGUGUAACAUACAGACACAUUGGUGUCUUUUGACAAGACUCAAGCAGUGUUAUGUUAUCUGCUAAAUAAUUGAAAACUCCAAGUUGAUUCAAUAUAUGGAAGAAAGCUAGCAUGUUUUAACCAUGGGUAGUCUUUUGAAUAUCCGCUGAAGAGUUUUGGUGAGAUGGUAAGUUUCCAAGCAGAUCAACAAUGAUUUUACCUGGCUUUGACCAAGUUUCCCAUGCAGCUCUGCAGAACCCACAUGAUGUAAGUCACUAUGAGAUGAGAUUUAUAAAAUAGUUUCGCCCAUUACUGGGAAAUGGCAUCAAAACAGUUCCUACUCUAGGACAGCUGUCAAUUCAUGAAGGCAACAGAAAAGAGCCAAAAAAGCCAGAACAGCAGCUAUUAUACCUAGCUUUUCUUUAUGGAGAGCCACAUAGAACACAACACAGCUAACUGUCUCCCAAUCGAAAAAAAUGGUGGAAUCCGUUAAAGUAAUUUAAUAUUUGUGUUUUGUGAUAUGUUCAAAUUUCUUAAAGUAAAUGAAUCCAAAGCAAUCUCUUGUCAUCUCAGGGUAGAUCAAAACUCUCCAGUGCUACUUGAAGACCCAUUACUGGUAUCAAUAGGAAAAAAGUACAAGAAGACCCCAGCUCAUGUUGCUCUCCGCUACCAAAUCCAGAGAGGGGUUAUAGUUAUUUCGAAAAGUUAUAAUCCAGAGCGAAUUAAAGAUAACAUCAAGGUAAGGACUUUUGUCUUGCGAUUCAUUACAUACACAGCAAACACAUUUAAAAUUACAAUUUUUCAUGGGUUUAUCAUUUUCUAGAAAUUCUUAACAGGGAUGUUUUCCUUUAAAGGGACACUCUAUGCACCAAAACAACUUAAGCGUAAUGAAACAGUUUUGGUGUUUAGAUCAUGUAGCCCCAAGAAGAAAGUGCAGCUUAGCAGAGGGGACCUUGACAGGGCUUGGAGGCGGGCUUAGGUGGAGCAGGGGUUGGUGAUUGACAGAUCAUGAUUCUGGGUAGGCUGAUAUAAAUGUCGGCCAUUUUAUAACAACUCAUUACUAAUUGACUUACUGGGCUGAAUUGUUCCCUCCCUCCCUUUAUUGUUGGGUUUUAUUCUACCCGCGGCGGGCCAGUGGAAGGAAAGUUAAGGAGGCCUGCUUAAGGAAGCGUAGAGCAAGAGUAUUGAGUUGGCUGUUUCAAUAUGGACUGGUUACCUGUUGGUAAGAUGUUGGUGGUUUCGAGCUCAGUGGUAGCUCAGAAGCCAGGUGGUGUAGGGGUAUAAAGGUAUACCACUGCCAGGAUCGUGUGGAAAAAGUUGGAUAUUUUAUUAUACUUAUGGAUUUUUAUACAAUGUUAUGUUAUAUAUGAUGGGUCAUUGCCUUGCGAAUUGAUAUGUGGAAAAUUAUAAUGAUGGAUGGCUGAGAGUGUGGGGGUAUAGGGUAAUCCAUUGUUACCUAAUUCCUUAGUAACUUUCCAAAAAAAAAAUGCCUGGGCCACAACUGCCAGCAUGCAUUAUUGCAAGUCAUUUCAUUUAUAAAAAAAAAACCCGAAUAAAGCUACACAGUUAGAUAGUAAAAUGUCUGUCCUGUUCGCUUUCCAAUAUUAAGUAGAAAGGAAGGUCUCGGAAAAACGGGAAUGACAGUUUGGAGCCCUAUUUCUGUUUCAAAUUUUAUUUGUUUGGAUUAAGUUAAAGAAAUCAAAACUGGAGCAUUGCAAUGUUACUAUGUGUAUUUCUGAUAAAGUGCUUUAGUAAUAUAUUGCUCUUGGCUGUUUGAUUAUGUUUAGCUAUUAAGUUCACAAUAAUGGAAGGACCAGGAUUAGUUGACAAAUCAUAACCACUUGUUGGUUCUUGCUAUUAAAGGGCAUCUGUGUAUAUUUGCAUUCUGAAAUAUAAAUUUUAGAGAGCUAAACCACCAGUCCAUAUUUAUACACAAGGGGCUCGGUGACAAUGUCCUAUAAGCUGAAGCUUGAUUUGAAACAGACUCUCAGAUGCUAACAUAUCUUCUUUCCACAGGUCUUUGAUUUCGAGCUAUCCACAGAAGAUAUGAAAGCAAUUGAUGGACUCAAUCGAAAUUUGCGAUACUUGGAAAUGCCAGUGUAUGUUUACUUAGUACUUUGGUGGAAAAAUACAAAUGAUUAAAAAGCAUAUGUUUUUAUGUCUGUAGAAGAAAAACAGAAAAAUCAGACAGGGAAUUAGACAGGUCUCUGAAAGCAAGCGGUACGGUAAUGAUAGGUGCCCAAAUAGGUGCUAUUGUAAAAUGGCCAAUAUGUUCUAAGGUGGGAGUAUCUGUAUUAAUUUUUUAUGUUCUAUAUCAGCAUCCCAAAAAUUAUUUAAAUUGUUUCGAUAACCAUGUGAUAUAGAAAUAAAAAUGGUUUAAGGGUUCCUAAUAAAUAAAAUAAGAUAAUAAAUAAGAUAAUAUGGUUCAUAAUAAAUAAGAUAAUAAAUAAGAUACCAAUUAAUUGCAAUAUUUUCACUUAAUACAUACUGUAUCUUUUAUAGUACAUGAUUUGUAGGGUUAGAACUUGGGUUCUUUUGAUCUUAAGACAGCAGCAGGACAUACAUUACAUUAAAUUCCAAUGCAGCAGCUACUUUUCCUAGAUACUACCAUUAUCCAUACAUAAUGAUAUGAUGGGAGAAGAGAUGGGGAGAGAAAAUCAUGCAAGAAAAAGAACCCUGACUAUAAUUGUAUUUAUUUUUUAAUUAAAAAAGAUAUGUGCACAUUACAUUUUAUUAGGGUGUGCAUCCAGUCAUUUUUGUAAUAACAUUUGAAUUAUUAAUUCAUUAUUAAAUACUUUAAAGGGACACUACUCCAUCCAAAUGUAAACUUUUUUUAAAUCUCUGUUUAAUAGAUAUGCCCUCAUUAAAAAACAUACAUCCAUUUUUGUUUUAAUUGGGGGAAUAUCUAAAAACAGCUUGUAAAAAGCAGCAGAUCUCUGGUCCCAGGUCUUCUUAUCCAGUUCAGUCUUUCUGUGGCUGUCCAAUCACAAACUUCCCAAUGCAGCUCAAUGAUAAGUCUUUGCAAGGCAGGUGAUCUAGGCAAUGGCCUGCAUCUAGUAUAUAGCUCCACUGAGCUAACCAAACCAGGAAGUAUAUAUCAUUGAUAAAAACACAGAAAAGAAAUAGGGAGGUG